UUAGUAGAGUACCAAAGACAGCCCUACUUCCUUACCAAAAGAGAACAGAAACUCCACUCCAAUGGCAGCCCUCACCGCAACUCUUCUCCUUUUAGCCCACUUUGUAGCCACAGCCUUCUCUUUAGAGCUCCACUUUUACAGAAGCACAUGCCCCCAAGCAGAGAUCAUCAUCAGAUCUGUGCUGCACCGCCACGUUCAACGAGACCCAUCAAUUGCUGGACUUCUACGCCUUCACUUCCAUGACUGCUUCACCACUGGCUGUGAUGCUUCCGUACUCAUCGACAGCACUGGUGAUAACAUGGCAGAAAAGGAGGCUCCACCAAACUUGUCACUUCGAGGGUUUGAAGUGAUCGACGAUAUCAAGAAAGAACUUGAGAGAGUAUGCCCGGGAAUCGUCUCCUGUGCUGACAUACUUGCUCUGGCAACAAGGGAUAGUGUGACUUUUUCUGGAGGUGCUGCGUAUGCUCUGCCGACUGGGAGGAGAGACGGGAAGGUGUCCAGAAUGGCUGAUGUUCACAUGCCAAGCCCUUCCAUCUCUGUUUCUCAAGCCUUGGCUGAUUUCCUGGCCAUCAAUCUUGAUUAUGUGGAUCUCACUACACUGUUAGGUGCUCAUAGCAUUGGCUUCUGCCAUUGUGGUUUCUUCACUGACCGGCUGUACAGCUUUGAAGGUACCUACCAACCUGACCCGGCGAUGGACAGCCGCAUGCGUGAAAGGCUAAGGAAGAAAUGUCCUGCUUCAGUUGCAAUAUUCCAAAAUAUCAGCGCAGAUCCAGAUGUUUUCAUGAACGAGGAUACAUCCACUCCUUUCAAGCUCGAUCAAUCAUUCUUCAUUAACGUGCGCAAUGCGAAGGCUAUUCUCCACUUGGACCAGCAAUUGGCAUUCACCGAUGUUACAAAUAGAAUUGUAGCACAAUAUGUGGAGCGACCAAAUUUAUUUAGGAGGCAGUUUUCGAAGUCUAUGAUAAAAUUGGGAAACGUAAAUGUGCUGAAUGGGAAAGAAGGGGAAGUCAGGCGUAAUUGUAGAAAAGUGAAUAAUUAAUAGUCGUGGCAAUAUGAAGAACUCACAAGUUUGAUUUUUGUUCAAAG